AUGCCAAGAGCUAGAAAAGGAGCACUUGUACAGUGUGAUCCUUCUAUUAAAGCGCUUAUACUGCAGAUUGAUUCAGGAAACCAUGAUAUUAUAUGGGAGGAGUUGGAUGACACCCAUUUAUUAGUGGAUCCUGAAAAGGUUGCAUAUGUAAAGGAAAAGUUGAAUUGGUUUCUGUCUAAAAAUAUCUAUAAUCCAUUAGAAGAUGAGGAUACUCAAUGA